AUGGGGCUGAAAACUUUGGGGGCUUAUUUGCAAAUUCGGCCAAAGAAUUGGGGUGGUGUUCAUAUUGCUUUUCACUGCAGAUUUCCGAUGUCUCCUCGUCACCAUCGAUCUUCCGGGAGUUAUCCCCAUUCGCAGCACAGUGAGGAGGAGGUUCCCACGACGUCUUUCCCGGCAGACUUUUCCUUCAGGGUUGAAUUCCCCGCGGGUAGUCUUCCUGCUCAUGCCAAUGCCGGUUGUAGCCGGGAGGUUUUUUCCUCCACUUCCAUUGGGCAAGUCAUUAGCCCAUUCCCACAGUUUGACCAGGAUCGUUCUGACGAUUCCUGCCGUUUAGUACGGGAAGGAGGGCGCCAUUGCUUGCGCCAGCUUAUCACAGACGCCACUUUUACCGCUGAUUCUACUUCCACUCAGGCUUUACAGAAGCCGAGCUUCUUGUUCGGGGAUCAUGUCGAGGACCCCGCUAUACUGACUCUUGGAGAGGAGCACUGGCUGACUCUUGAUGGAGGAGCUCUUUUAUACAUUCCAUCAAUUCCCCGCCAAUAUUCUUUUACCCAUUUGAGGAGACAGGCCGUGAGGCGACAGAUGUCCUGGGAUCUUACUAAGGAUGCUGAGCGAGUCCCGUGUGGAUAUACCUCUCAUUCUAAGACCCCUGGUUCUGGCGGGUAUCACCAUAUUCGUGGUCUUUGCCCAGGGAUCACGGGCCUUGAUACUGCACCCCCAGGUGAGACGUCAGCAGCUGCCUCUACUGUGGGUAAUCGUCUGGCUCUUCUGGGGAGGCGAUUACCUCCACCAGAGCCCAGAUGCUAUGGCUGGGCUUCCUCACUAGCCAAAGGGUGGUGGGCGCGCAUGACUGAUUUCGUCUUGGCGCGCUGGGAGAGGGAUCUGAAGAGUAGUGGGUUAUAUGCACCCAUACGAGCUACUAUGUACGGAAUCCCAGUUAGCUGUCGCCAUUUCUUGGCUUUGCUGGAGACUUAUAUGCCCGAUAGCAACACCUUCCUGACCAGCGGUGGUGAUUCCAGUGCGCCCAUUCAUGAAUUAGACGUGUUGACCCCUUCCGCCGUUAAUGAGUUGUUGGAAAAGGCUGAGACUAGAGAACGCCAGGCACAUAUGUUUCUAGCAGGACUUUGCCCUAGCCUUCGUCGAUACCUCGUUUGUAGGAGGUUCUACUCAGUUCGAGAAGUAGCUAAUGCUGCAACUUCACAGGAGAAUGAGUCAGCUAUGUUCCAGAAGGAUAAGGAAGGAAAUACUAAGGAUAAAGGAAAGAAUAAAAGGCUAUUUUUAGGACCCCAGCAGCAACAGCAGCAGCAGCAAAGCCCUUAUAGGAGAGGACCUCAGUACAAUCAGAGAGCACCUCAGUAG